AAACAGGCUUCUUUGGAACGAUCGCUGCUGUGGAGAACCCAAGCGGCCUUUGGAGGUGCGCGCGUCAGAUAUUGUUCGUACUGCAGUCUUACUGCACUGCAAUGUGCUGAAUGCACCCGAUGCUGUCGAAGGCGCUGAUUGGAGCAGUGAGCAGUGUCCUCUCCCCUCAUCAAACGCCAAAGUUUGGGUUUGGGUUUGGGUCUCAAGAGAGGCACGCACCCGGGCUCAGCCUGCAUUCUGUUCGGGUCCAACAGAAUGAGAGCUCGAGGAAGGAUUCGGUGGUGGAGGAGGAGGAUAUAAAGGCUGAUUCGAUCCCUGUCCCCAGACGACAUUUUUUCAUCAUUGUUCCAUCAUCCACUCUUAUCCUUUAUCAGACAUAUACUCCGCCCUUCCUGUCCGUCUCAGUCGCGAGGCUCCAUUAUACACUACAUUUCACCUGUUAAUCGCUUAAUACCCAUCAUGUCUACCGAUCUCAAGCCCCUCCGCAUCGUCAUGGCCUGCGAUGAGGCUGGUCAGCCCUACAAGGAGACCCUCAAAGUCGCCUUGGAGAAAAGUCCGCUGGUCGACUCCAUCCUCGACGUAGGCGUCAAUUCCACUAGCGACAAGACAGCGUACCCUCAUCCCGCUGUCGCUGGCGCCAAACUCAUCAAGGAGGGCAAGGCAGACCGCGGGCUGUUUAUCUGCGGCACUGGUCUCGGUGUCGCUAUCUCGGCGAACAAAGUGCCUGGCAUUCGUGCUGUGACGGCUCACGACUCUUUCUCCGUCGAGCGCUCGAUCCUCAGCAAUGAUGCGCAGGUGCUCUGCUUCGGCCAGCGCGUCAUUGGUAUUGAGCUCGCCAAGAAGCUCGCCAACGAGUGGCUGACCUACCGCUUCGACCCCAAGAGCGCCUCCGCCGAGAAGGUCCAGGCUAUUUCCGACUACGAGGCCCAACUCUUCAGUCAAGCUGCUGCCGCGCAGUAGACGGUAUGAAGCAAGAACAGGCCCUGUGUGCAUCACGACACAUUAUCCGGCAACUACCCGAACUCUCCCUUACCCAUCGGAGGAUGCGAAGAUCAUUCGCCUAUCUUCGAUAAUAAUUUUCGAGUGAAGCGACCUGUCUGCGGACUGGAUCCGGACCGAGUCAUUCUUCAACACUUAUAUAAAUAGCUCAAAACGAAAUUGAUGAUAACCGCUUGAUGAAUGGAAUUAGAUUGGCCGGCCAAUUGCUCAUGUCCUUUCGAGCUCUGGAUUAGCAAUUACGAUUAAAUGAAAUACCUACUGAGACUUUCGA